UCACGUGUGUACACACAUAGUGGGGCUGCGGAGUUCCGCCCAGGAGCUUAUUGUAACGCAGCCUGGCGUCUGGUUUUACAGGAACCGCGAUCGCCGUUUUACUGGAACGCCGAAAAGUCCCAAAAAGUAUGGUCCAUCUGGGCCAGGGUUUCGGGCUGACCGGCGUCUCCCGUUUGCGGUUUGCUGGACGCUAACAGGAAAUGCGAUAGGGUGAGCGACGUGCAACAAUUCUAGGGAAAUGUCAUUGGAGGUUUUAGGAAUCCAGCGUCGCUCUGAACAUACUGAGAAUACGGAUCGUUGUUUACCAGAGAGGAUGCAACCCUCGACAUGUAAGUGCUUUUGUUUACUGUUCACAUAUUUUAUUCUUUUCUCCUUUGUUUUUUCUAUAGAUUUUUACAAUUCUUGUAAUUCAGCAAUUCACUAUGAACAUUUGCUUUGGUGGUACAUUGGGCAGUAUAGCCGCGCAGUGCCCUUGUCGAGCUUUGCUUGGGCAGUAUAGCCGCGCAGUGCCCUUGUCGAGCUUUGCUUGGGCAGUAUAGCCGCGCAGUGCCCUUGUCGAGCUUUGCUUGGGCAGUAUAGCCGCGCAGUGCCAGAGUAAAUGUACACGUUUUUGUGCCUAGCUCAAAUGUUUUUCUUUUUCUUUAUUGCACAUGAGCGAUCCAGAAGCUGAUGUCACCAGCAACAGGCUGAAUGGGACUCCUGGCUAUGACCCCCUGUUCAGAUUAAAGCCCCUGCAUGAUGACAUCACAUCACGUAAAGCACGCUACCACCCACAUCAGAAAAUCACCACUAAUGAGGGCACGGUUGCUUCCAAAGCAGAACCAGUGAAAAGGAGGCGCAGCCAGCAGAACCAUCGCGAUGUGGAGCUGCAUCGCCUACAACGAGACGGAUGACGGUUUGGACCAGCAGCUCUGCCGGGACUUUGAGCUCAUCCUGUCUGUGCUUUCCCUCAUCUACCUCAUCUUCUGCUUCCCCGUGGGGCUCUGCUACAAUGCGCUCCUGGUGGUGGUCAACCUCUCCAACAAGGGCUCCAUGACCAUGCCAGAUGUCUACUUCGUUAACAUUGCCAUCGCCGGCCUGGUGCUCAACGUGGUAGCCCCGGUGGAGCUGCUGGGGCCCAGCUUCACCAUGUGGCCCAUGUGGGACUACAACAACGAGGUCUACAUCACCCUGCUGAUCCUCUUCAACAUCUCCUCGCUGGUGAUCAUGUACUCCACCACUCUGCUGAGCCUGGAUUACUACAUUGAAUGCGCCCUGCCGCGUACCUACAUGUCCAGCGUCUACAACACCAAGCACGUGUGUGGCUUCAUCUGGGGUGGCGCCGUGCUCACCAGCUUUUCCUCCCUGCUUUUCUACGUGUGCAACCACGUGUCCACAAAGAUCAUCGAGUGCUCCAAGAUGCAGAACAAGGAGGCGGCGGACGCCAUCAUGAUCCUCAUCGGCUACGUGGUGCCUGCUGUCGCUGUGCUCUACGCUUUCACGCUCAUCCUGCGCAUCAGAAAGGAGGCCACGCCUUUGGACCAGGAUCUGGGGAGGUUGGACCCUUCCAUCCACCGGAUGCUGCUGGUGUGCGUCUGCGUGCAGUUUGCACUCUGGACGCCAUGCUACGCAGUGCUGCUGGUGCACACGCUGCUGGGCGAGCGUGGCAUCUACCUGCAGUGGCCGCAGGCGGUGGCCUAUGAGUUCCUGCGCUGCCUCAGCGAACUGCUCGCCUUCUCCAGCACCUUCAUCACGCCGCUUAUGUACCGGCGCAUGAACGAGAACUUUGCCCACAAAGUGCAGCGCCUCCUCAAGAGGCUGCACUGCGGGGGCCGGGGCUGCGCCCACGAGCAUUCCGAGGUGCAGCAGGUGCUCACGUGAGGAGCGGCUAUCCCGGAGUCACCCUUAAGCAGCUCCUGCCAUCAGGAGCGUCUCACUCGUGCCAAAAACAUGAAGAAUAUCAUUGCAUUAUCUAGCCAAUCAUGCCACGAGUUCAAGGCUAAUCAGUAACCACUAAGUCCUGCUUCUGAGUUCACAUAAGCUAUCGUCUGUCGAUCGUCGCUUCUAAUGUUUUCUGAUGCUGGGUUGCCCCCCCCCUCCGAUAAUCACAUCACAGGACGAGCUUUGUCAUAGCAUCGUCACAGGGACGUACAAGACACAUACCUCAGCUUCUCCACAAAGGGCAUUAAAGUGAGACUGACGGCCUGCAACACCUCAAACCCCAGAGCUUUCCUAGUAGGCACUCCGGCCACCAGGGGGCACCCACAGUCCCCUUAUUUGGUUGAGGGUGUUGCUGCCCCCAUGCAAGCAUGGUGCCGCAUCGCAUUUGCUGCUGCAGAGCAUAGAGGAAGUGAGCAUAGAGCAUAGCUGCUUCCUGUUUAAGAUUGACGACUGUGCACCUCGCAUCCACAUCUGCAACCUGGCUCCUACAUGUCACCACUUCAUUUAUUAUAUAGAAUAUAUAUAUUUUUGGUGAUCUGUGGAUUGGAUCUCUGUUUAACACUAUGGGUUUGCAAGCUCCAUUGAUUACAUUGUACAACUUUGAUGAUACAAAAUUUUGAUGAUUUGGGUGUAAGAUAAACACACAAGUAAAAUAUUCCAAAAAAAAAUACACACACAACACACAACACUGUCGGAUGUGCAUCUCAUGAUACAAUCAUCACAGAGAGCUGCAUGUUAAUCUAAGUAUUUAAAAAAAAAAAAUUUUUAAAAAAAGGAAAACGACACGCCGGGGGGGCGUCACAGCUACGUCUGUAUGAUUUCACAAAGGCACCCAUCCGGUCUCUUUCAUUCACUUCUCCCUCAUCUUCACAUUUAUUUACAUUUAUAUAUUUAUGAGCCAAACUUACAUGUUUAUCAAAAUAACUAUAUUUUUGUAGGUGAAAAAUUACCGUAUGUGUAUGGAAGGAAAAAAAAUGCUUUGGUCCCACAUAUGUAAGAAAAUGUAUUUAAUUUUUAUCAAGAUGAGCAUAUAGGUUACAGGGCCUAGAAGAAAUGUAAUUAUGGUGUAACACUUGUGUGUAUGUAUAUAUAAAUAUAAAAAUGUCUGUAUAUGUUGUUCAGUAUUACAGAGACUUCAUGCAGAAACACGAGCGGAUCCACAGUAUUCUCUCACAGUGGUACCCAGACACAUUGCUGUCUUCCAGCCCUGUUGCGCUUGGCUGAGUUCUGGACUGUAAAAUGAAACGAUCCAGCAGGAACAUCAGCCACCGUGAAAAGCCUUUCAGUUGCCCCUCCCACUGCUCCCUGUUCCCACCCUCAGGACCAUCUGUAUACUACUGCACAUUAAAUCAACCCCAACGAUGUGUGGAAGUACUUUUUUCCCCCCCACUGAAUCAUAUAAUUAUUGAACACUGCUGUCCGGUAACUCAUAAUGCACAAAUCAAAGGGGGGUGAAGUUUCCUUUUAUCUUCAAAAAGAAGCCAAUCAGCGGGCUUGUAAAUUAACACUGUCAGUGUGCAUAGGUAUUCCUGCAAGUAACACAUGGCUUUCAACUCAAAAUAGUUCAGAAUGCUUUCUGUCCCAGUAUCUUGUAUCACAUGACAAGCAGCACCAUAGACUUCCUGUUUGGCCAUCUUCUCCUGCCGUUUUGCGGCAGGGGGUCAACAACUCCUGAGCCAUCUGCGGACAGUGGGUGGGAGCAAGCCCCCCCCUGGUCAAAGCCAAUUCUCUUUGAAAUGUUCGCUUUAAUGUUCCCGGGAAAAGGCCCAGUGGGCUUUGUGAGAAUGACUCUUACUGUAAUGCCUCUCAAACAGUAGAAGGGAGUUUUACCCUUAGAAAGCAGGCCAGUGAAAGGGAGCAUGGAAUAGAUUUGCUUUGUCCAUGUGGUCCACUGGAUCAGUGAAAUAAAAACAAAUGCACGUGGA